CAGCCCUGAAGGGCUGGCUGGAGGAGUCUAGCCCCAGCCCUGCCCCUUCCACCCAAGACCCUGCCCCCUUCAGGGGGCCCAGAGUGGCCCUUCCCCUACCUUGCCCAGGACUCCGGCUGCCCUGCAUACCGGAACAGACAUUCCUACUGACACCUGGUUGGACAGCUGUAGACAGUGCAUUGCUGAGGAAGCAAGCUCUUGGCUGUGAUAUUCUAUUGCAGUCAUGGCUCCUAAAAAGAAGAAUGUCAAAAAGAACAAAGGCGAUAUCAAUGAGAUGACUAUAAUUGUGGAGGAUGGCCCCCUAAGUAAACUAAAUGGCUUGAAUGGCUUCUUAGACGGAGGGAAUGGCUUCAGCUGUAUUUCAGCUGAGGUUUCUGAUUCUUCUUAUAGCCCAAAUCUCUUGGAAGGGCUAAGCAGAAUGAGGCAGGAAAAUUUUCUUUGUGACUUGAUUAUUGGUACCAAAACCAAAUCCUUCAAUGUUCACAAGGUGGUGAUGGCUUCAUGCAGCGACUACUUUCAUAACAUCUUAAAGAAAGACCCAUCUACUCAAAGAGUGGAUCUCAAUGAUGUAUCUCCAUUGGGCCUAGCCACCGUUAUCACCUAUGCUUACACUGGAAAGCUAACUCUUUCACUCUACACAAUAGGUAGUAUAAUUUCCACAGCAGUCUAUCUUCAGAUUCACACCCUUGUAAAGAUGUGCUCUGAUUUUUUGAUGCAAGAAAUCAAUGUUGAGAACUGUAUGUAUAUUGCCAAUAUUGCAGAGACAUAUGGACUAAAAAACACCAAGGAAGCAGCACAGAAAUUUAUUAGAGACAACUUCAUUGAGUUUUCAGAAACAGACCAGUUCUUAAAACUUACUUUUGAUCAAAUCAAUGAACUCCUUGCAGAUGACGACUUGCAGUUGCCUUCUGAAAUUGCUGCAUUCCAGAUAGCAAUAAAAUGGCUGGAAUUUGACCAAAAAAGAGCAAAGUAUGCUGCAGAUCUCUUGGGCAACAUUCGUUUUGGUACAAUCUCUGCUCAAGAUUUGGUCAAUUAUGUUCAAACUGUACCAAGAAUGAUGCAAGACACAGACUGCCACCGACUUCUAGUGGAUGCCAUGAACUACCACUUGCUUCCAUAUAAUCAGAAUACACUGCAGUCUAGAAGAACAAGGAUUCGUGGAGGUUUCAGAGUCCUAGUUACUGUUGGGGGACGCCCAGCAUUAACAGAAAAGUCCCUUAGCAGAGACAUCUUAUACAGAGAUCCUGAUAAUGGAUGGAAGAAGCUUACUGAAAUGCCUGCUAAAAGUUUUAAUCAGUGUGUGACUGUGAUGGAUGGAUUUCUCUAUGUGGCUGGUGGUGAAGACCAGAAUGAUGCCAGGAACCAGGCCAAGCAUGCUGUCAGCAAUUUCUGCAGAUAUGAUCCUCGUUUCAACACAUGGAUUCACCUGGCCAACAUGAAUCAGAAGCGCACCCAUUUUAGCCUGAAUGUAUUCAAUGGCCUCCUUUUUGCAGUGGGUGGUCGCAACUCUGAAGGGUGUCUAUCCUCAGUUGAAUGCUAUGUGCCUGCAGUUAACCAGUGGCAAAUGAAGGCACCGCUGGAGGUAGCCAGGUGCUGCCAUGCCAGUGCAGUCAUAGAUGGUAGAAUCCUGGUCACAGGAGGUUACAUAAAUAAUGCUUACUCCCGCUCUGUGUGUAUGUAUGACCCCAGCAAUGAUAGCUGGCAGGAUAAGUCCACCCUUAGCACUCCAAGAGGAUGGCACUGUGCUGUUUCCCUUGGGGAGAGGGUCUAUGUUAUGGGUGGGUCCCAACUGGGAGGUCGGGGUGAAAGGAUUGAUGUCCUCCCUGUUGAGUGCUACAAUCCUUAUGCUGGCCAGUGGAGCUAUGCUGCUCCCCUGCCAACUGGAGUGAGUACUGCAGGUGCUUCAACUCUUAAUGGGAAAAUUUACUUGGUGGGUGGCUGGAAUGAAAUAGAAAAGAAAUAUAAGAAGUGCAUUCAGUGCUAUAAUCCGGAUCUUAAUGAAUGGACUGAGGAAGAUGAGUUGCCUGAAGCCACAGUAGGAGUAUCUUGUUGUACCAUUGCCAUGCCCAAUAACAAAACAAGGGAAUCCAGAGCUAGCUCAGUAUCUUCUGUGCCAGUCAGUAUUUAA